UCGGGGUGGAGGGGGGGGGGGGGAAACAAAAUCUGCAGUGGAGGAGGUGGAAUUGGGGGACCGGCCGUGGCGACGGCUAGAAGCCUUGCGCGGCGGACGCCAUGAUCGAGCAGUUCGUUAAUUUCGUCAUCCGGCCACCCCGGUCAGAGUAUAACCCAGACCAGUAUUUAUGGGAGACGGAGUUUAUCCUUGCCGGGCGCAAGUACAAACGACUAGACUUGGAGCUUACAAAUGCAAGAGGCCUUAUUAUAAAAUGCAGCCACUAUGUUCCUGCUUUCAUUCCAGAGAAUACUUCCCUUCCAUGUGUGAUUUACUGCCACGGAAAUAGCGGUUGCCGAGCAGACGCAAAUGAAGCCGCUGUUAUACUUCUUCCUGCAAAUAUCACUGUUUUCACACUUGACUUUUCUGGGUCAGGUCUAUCAGGUGGAGAUUAUGUAAGCCUUGGUUGGCAUGAGAAAGAGGACCUAAAAUGUGUGGUGUCAUAUCUACGGACCGCUAAGCAAGUUUCCUGUAUAGGCCUUUGGGGGCGAUCAAUGGGUGCUGUUACAAGCCUACUCUAUGGAGCAGAAGAUUCCUCAAUUGCUGGAAUGGUAUUGGACAGUGCUUUCACUAACUUAUAUGGCUUGAUGAUGGAACUUGUAGAUGUCUACAAAAUCCGAGUUCCUAAAUUCACGGUUAAAAUGGCUGUACAGUAUAUGAGAAAGAUCAUACAGAAGAGAGCUAAGUUUGACAUAAUGGAUCUUAAUGUUUUAAAGCUCGCUCCCAAGACACUUAUUCCUGCAUUGUUUGGACAUGCUCUGAAUGACAUGUUUAUUCAACCUCAUCACUGUGAUCGUAUUCACCAUGCGUAUGGGGGGGAUAAAAGCAUAUUAAAAUUUGAGGGCGAUCACAACUCCCCAAGACCUCAAGCAUAUUAUGAUUCAGUUUCAAUGUUCUUCUAUAAUACUCUGUGUCCUCCUCAGUUGCCUGUGCCAUGCUCCAAUAAGCUACGUACAGGUGCUUACAAAGUUGGUACUGUGACCAAUGAGAGCUUGAUUUUUGAGAUCAUCAAUGAUCUACGCGGAGCUGGCACCAAUUCAUGCAGUUCAUCAACAGAUGCAUCAAAAUUUCCAAAUUCUACAACCUCGGUAGUUGAGUUGCUGUCAAAGAGUGUGAAUCAGCUGUCCAUUAAGAAUGAUAAUGACUUGGAUUUCCUUUUAGAUGAGAAUCACAGCCUCUCAGAAAUUGAUGGUGAUAGUGUUGGGUCACAUUUGCAGGACAAAUCAAGUAGGCACAACGAGGAGUCAUGCUCAUGUACAAGCUCCAACAGAGAGAGUUGGGGUAGGUGUUCCUCUUUAGGUGGAGCUAGUGACGGAUCAUCACCAGGCGAUAUUAGUGAUAAGCAGGAGAAUUUGACUGUAAAGGCUCUGGCGACACCACUAAGACAGAAAGAGGGCAAAUUAACAACCCCAAAAACAAAGGAGAAGAAGAUCCACUCACUAUGGAAGAAGCUUAAUCGUGAGAGGACAGGGAGGGGGGAUAGUCUAUCGCAGCGUUUGAAGAUGUGCCUCGGGCACUCUCCUCGCCACAAGAGAACCAAAUCAUCUGGGAUAGUAUAACUUAGUAAGCCUGACAAAGCUCUUGCCUCAACGAAUCACUGAUCAGUUCCGUCGAACACGGAAUCGCCUUGAUUCUGACUUACCUGAUGGCACGCCCUACCAUACCAGGUUGUAACUUGUAACACUAGGUGAAUACAUACUUGAUGCCAUGGCUCGUGUCAAGCUUCACAAAAGCCCAUGAGCUUGAUCACGCCCUUGUAUUGUUGUCUCCUGUAACUGCGAUCUUCGGUUCGCUGUUGUUUUUAUUUUACUACAUUGAAUGUUGUUGUAAUUUGCAAUGUUUGUUGGCGAAAUGGAAAGGAUGCGGUGCCUCAUUUUUUUUUUCUUACUGUGUCCUGUUCAUAUUUCUUGUUAUUAACUGAGGUGCUCAUUGAA